AGAAGGCACGUCGAAAACGGAACAUGCGGAACGGAUAGUUGGAAAAGAUGUACGGCUUUAUUCUGGCCGCACUCUCUAACCACGUUCGGAACAAGUAUGGGGAGGAAACGUGGAAAUCAAUAGCAUGCGAGUGCGGCCUGGAAGAGGAUGUCGUCAUUUCGCAUCAAAAGAUGUACGAUGAUCAACUUGUGCAAAAGGUCUUCACUUCGACGGCGCAUAAACUCGGGUCACGAACGAACGAUUUCUUGGAGAAAUUUGGUGGCAACUUUUAUGAUUAUUGCGUAGACGGAGGAUAUGAAAGGAUCAUGCGUGUUCUUGGUAAUAAUUUAGCGGAUUUUCUCUGCAAUUUGGAUGCCCUUCACGAUCAUUUGGCAAGCGUAUACACGCAAAUGAACGCCCCAUCAUUCCGUUGUUGCAGUAAAGAGGACGGAAGUUUAUACCUUUACUGUUCGAGCGAUAGGCAAUGGAUGUAUCCGAUGGUAAAAGGUCUUUUAGUCCGCUUAGCUGAUCAAUUAUUCGAUACAAACGUUCAUGUUGACCUCGUUGAAACGGAUGCGGAAGACGAUCAAGUUGUAUUCAGUGUUAGAGAAAGGACUAGAGAAAGUAGGCGGCGUAGCUGCUCACUUAUAACAAUAACAACAAAACGCCUACGGACGUCGAACCUUCCCGAAGAAUCUUGCGUUCCAAUCGAUGUCUUUUGCCGACUCUUCCCGUUCCAUUUUGUGCUGAACCGCAAAUUGGAAAUUGUUCAAGCCGGCGUCGCUUUAUUGCGUAUUUUAAACUGCAGAAAAUCAUUACGUCUACAAGAUGUAUUUCAAAUCGUUAGGCCUAUUGGAAAACCAACUUUUCCUUCCCUAUUGGCCAACCUGCACCACGUUUUCGUCUUAAAGGGUAAGCGAACAGAUAUACGCCUAAAGGGUCAGGUUAUCUACGCAAGCGAAUCGGAUAGCCUUCUAUUCCUUUGCUCCCCUCGCGUCGAUAAUCUUGACGAUUUGAAGGCGAGCGGUCUCUUCCUAUCCGAUAUUCCUCCGCACGAUGCGACCCGUGACCUUAUACUAAUCACGCAGGCUAGACGAGCUGAGAGAGAGCUCGUAGAGAAAUUAGAAGAAGCUUCUGCCAAUUUAAAACGAUUACAAAGAAAAUUAGAAGAGGAGAAGCGUCAAACGGACCAACUACUAAUUAGCUUGUUACCGUCUAAUGUUGCUUCCAAACUGCGAUUGAAUCAGACGGUUGAGGCCGAAAAGUAUAAUCUAGUAACUAUUUUAUUCUCGGAUAUAGUUGGAUUUACUGCAAUGUGUAGUAACGAAAAGGUCGUGCCUAUGGACAUAAUCCGGGUACUUAACAAACUAUACACGAAAUUUGAUAUGAUGAGCACGGCCCAUAAUGUUUACAAAGUCGAAACCAUCGGAGACGCUUAUGUUGUCGUUGCUGGUCUACCGCACUAUACUCAAACUCACGCCGACAGAGUCGUGAACAUGGCAUUGAGCAUGCAACAGAUUACUCAAUCCAUAACGAGACCCGCAUCAGAUUCCCCGAUACAGAUUCGAAUAGGUAUACACAGCGGCGAUUGCCUAGCAGGUAUUGUUGGCCAAAAAAUGCCAAGAUAUUGUCUCUUUGGUCAUAGUGUAAGCAUUGCUUCUCAAAUGGAAGGAGCUAGCCUACCCGGAUGCAUUAACAUCAGUAAAAUAGCGAAGAGCUACCUUACCUGUCCCAACUCGUACAUUUUCGAGAAAAAUUGGCAGGCCGAUGACUGUUAUUUCGUCUACCAAAAGAGCGGGGUGAACUUUGUUACUUCCUAUCUUGCUGAUUUAUCGAUUCCGGAGGCACCAAGGAGCCAUUUUAAAACGCCUAGUCCGUCGCCCACGGCUUCCCCCGAUUCUACACCUGUUCGAACAAUUGAUUAUAAUACGGAGAACAGAACAAAAUCAAAAAUUUCAUCACCAUUGACAAUGCCUAUCAUACAUAUUUCUGACGUUGGAGAAGUUGAAGAAGAUACAAGAAAGAGAAAGGAAAUUGAAGAAAGAGAAAAGUUAGGGUGGGAUCGGUACGAUAAUAGUGAAUUAGAUAAAAGAGAUGGUAUCUUAGAACCUUCACCAACACCAUCUAAUGGAUCUUCUACACCAACGUCAUCGUUUGCUAGUAGGAGAAUGAGCGCUGUUGAAAAACGAUCUGCUGAACGCUGUCCUGCUUUAGCAGCCCACGAAUUAUCUGGUAGAACUGAUAGUAGGAGACCUUCAUCAUUAUGGACUGUAAACCGGAAAUCACGUUCAUCAUCUUUAUUCGUUCAAACGGAAUCUCACCCAGAUAAGCGUCGAACUAGGAGUAAAUCGACCGGAUGUGCCGAUGUAAGAAUUGCUCAACUAGACUUAAAAAAAAUUCGCGAAAAUGGCCGCCUAGUUUUCUAUUUUUACAAGGACAAGAAUUAUAAAGACAGAUCGAACGAAUCAAAUUGAUAAAUGUGUUUAGGUCGUCCGUACUCUUGGCCGACUUGAUGAAUUUCUUAGUUUUCGGAAGUGAUUGCGAAGCUUUAUCUACAUCGACCAAACUGGCUGAAACGAACAUAUUCAGAGUCAUUCUUAAACGUUCGUAUUGUCGCUUCAAGUCGGCAAUCUCCUCUUCUUUCUAUAAAAUGUAACAAACGCUUUAAUUAUAUACAGUUUACGACUAUAGGGAAAUGGGGGUGGGAAAAAGAGGGUUGUAGGAAUACACUUGGGAAAAGAGUUAGUUGUCUGAUUACAAUGAUAGAGACUCUAUGUAAGACGAAUAAGCGAAAAUAAUUUUUCUCCUCCAUUUAUCCUUGAUUUUUCCAAUUCUUCUUCGUAUCAGUCUUUCUUUUCUUAAUCCAUCUCCGUAUCUUAUCCUUGUUCACUUUUCUCCAUUAUCAUCAUCUUCUCUUCAUUCUUGCUCUGUGCAUCUGUAAUUCUCGUUAAAAAACUUCUUUUGGCUUUAUAUAAAACAGAUAUUCCUUUUUCUUCUUCCUUUGUUCUUUUGCUUUCUGGUGUUCUUGUGUCUGGGUUUGUAUAUAUAUAUACUUGUGUACGUGUGUGUAUGUGCGUAGGUUUUUACAUUAAGUAAUUCCUAAUUAAAGCGUUUCUUUCGACACCUUUAUCUCUCUUCCUUUCUCUCUUCUUGGCGAGCGACAAGAGGAUUAUGCGAUUUACGACGCGAAAUAAAUAACCGAUUGGGCUUUCCUUUUAAUCAAGCCAAUUCCCCCACAGUUGCUCCGGAAGAGGAACAUUCUAUUUUAGCAGGGAGGCUGGGAGACUGACGGAAAAUUCCGUGUACCCUGAAGGGAAGUGCGCAUUGAUCAUUUUUAUUCUCUGCAUCUAUAAUGACAACAUAUAUAAAAGAAACGCUUACCUUUGACAGUAUGUUCUUUACGAUUAAGUGAAUAUUUUGGUCAUAUUUUGGUUGUAAGGAAUAAUCGAUUGUAUCUAUAGGAUUUUCAAUUCCUGCCUAAACAAUGUAAUGAGUAAAGUUGAGUGGAAAAUCUUUAUUAAAUGUAUAGAAAAAUAAAAAUAGAUAACCUCCUUAUAUAUUCGUUCCAUGGUAUAGAGAAAUGUGUUAGAACCAUAAACAGACUCGGAGCUGGUAUGAUGACUAAUGGACUUUGCUAAUUUAUUUCUUGGCGUUUCCUUAUGCUGCCUCAAGUAAAUUAUCUAACGAAAAGUACACAUAAAAGAGAAUUGAAUCAAUUAAAACGAUAUGAGAUACUGAGAAUUUAAUCAAUAGAUUGCAUUUUCUUUUCUUAAUAUAAGAAAAAAUUACUUUGAAAGAUAUAAAGUACCUUUGGUAUGAAAAGAAGGAACAAGGUUAUAGACGUAGCUAACAAAACACAGCCGCUAUAAAAACCGUAGGCAACAUCGAUCUCAUCUUGCAUAACUGUUACAACAGUUACACCAACCAGGGACAUAAUAAGGACGUUGUAAACGCAAAAUCCAAUAUAU